UCUCAACUGUUUUGAAUUGUACUUCCUGGGUUGACGUCGCGAGAGGCGUAGCUAAUGCCCUAGCAGCCGCCAAAAUCAAAACUUGUGUUGUGGGUGUUUUCUUUGGAUUAGCUACGUUACAUCUCACAGAGUAAAAUAGCAAAACUAACAAAACAUGGAGAGAGCGUCCACCAAAGGUGUUUUGAGUCAUCUAAGUUUCCUUGAGGUUCAUGCAAGGAGCCGUGGAAGUCAGUCUCAGCAACAGGGUCGUGUGAAGGAGCUAAAGGCUAAAGUUGAAACGCUGAGAGUCCGGAGAAACCAGCUGAAGGCAGAGAUAAAUGCGCACAAGAAUAUCCAGAAACUGAGAUCUUCUAUAGACAGACAAAAUGCUGAUGAAGAGGAGGAAAUGGAUGAAGACUCAGAGAACUUGCAGCUGCUGCGGCUGAUGGCCAGACACACUGAGCUGCAAGAUCUUCUACAUGCUCAUCACCUCAUUGGUGGUUACGACGCCAUAAACACUAGUCAAGGUAAAGGAUUGUGUGUUUCUCUGACGACGUCCUACGAGGGUGUCUAUUUAGACACAUUCAACCUGGAGAUUGACCUGAAGCCUAAAGUGAAAAUCGGUCACCACAACAUCCCCCCCUUCAUUCCCCUGAACAACCUGGCUGAGCAGAUCAACUUGCAGACUGACAUGAAGGCUUUCCUUGACACUCUCAGUCAGCACCUCAAUGCUUUUGCUGGUCGCAAGCAGCAGCUGAAGCUUGUUAAGGAACAUCAUAAGUCUGUUGAAGUGAUGGAGAGCAACGUUUUGUGUUCCAUACUGUUACUGAUGUUGACUGAGCCGACAGAGAAGAUGGCCAUACUUUGUUCGCUGGAUUACACAGACCACACACGAUGUCUUCCCACGCGAGUUCACUUUGAAUGUGAAGACCAGCAGGUUCUUCAUUCUCCGCAGUGGAAGAAAAACCAAAUCUUACUGAUGGAGACUCCUGUGCACAAAGCUUUAAUAACCAUGAAGAAAAUGGGGACUGUUGUUUAAUUUAAUCAUUUUUUUGUUAAAAAAAACAUUUUACAUACUUUUUGUAAACAGUUUGAUUACUAUAUGUUGAGGUAUUUUACUGUGACUGUGGAGUUUUCUCCGGGUUUUCCUCAGUGCCUUUGUCUUUGAGCCUUUCCAUAAAUGCUGCCACCCUCUUGCGCAACGUUUCCCACUGAUGCUGCCUCUGUCUUUCCAAGUCUUCUCUGGCUUCCUGCUGUUGCCUGGCCAGCUCUUUUUCUGAUAUUGAGUCAAUAGUUGCAAUAUUUUUCAUCUGCAUGAACGACAGGUUUCUUUGGAUGUUGCUUCUACAUCUCACUGAACCUGUGGGUUUAACUGUCUGCUGUGGUGGAGCCGAGACGGACCGACUCUGCUUUGUCAUUUCAGACUCUUUGUUCAGACAAUGGGAUUUGCAGGAAAUCAGUCUUCCAUCAGAUGUGUGGAUACUCCUUCUGAAGUGCGUCUCUGCUGUUUUGUACUCUCUUAUUUCCUUCAUGGCAAUGUUAACCGUUGCUUUUGGUUCACAGAGUUUUACCAUCCUCACUCGUCUUUCUUCAGCUGUCAGUGAGUCUUUUCUCAGUCGAAGCAUCUUGCGGGUGUAGCUGUACUGUUUCUCCAGCAUAUUUAGUUUACACUGGAGAUCUCGGUUCUCCUUUUGGUUCAACACUCUUAGCUUUUGCUGCAGAAAAGGUCUUCCACAGAUUUCCAUUGUUUACUAACACUAGAAAGAAGUAAAUAUUAGUCAAUCUCUCCCAAUCCAGUCUCCUCUGCUUUAGAUUAUUUUCUUACCUGAUUUCAUCUUUCAUAGAGCAGUUAAGUUUCUUGCUAUUGCUGCAUCAGUGCUUGCAAUACAAUAGCCCAUUGUAAAACGUAUAAAGUGGAAGUGAUUGUUAACCAUUAUGUUUGUGCACCAGUACAUUCCUUGAAGAUUGGAUUACUUAAAGUUGCAGAGCAACGUAGUUGCUAUAAGUGUGCAAAAUUGCCCAAUUUUAACAUGUAAUGCUGCAUCUGAUUCACACAUCUUUAUGUUGUUAAUCAGUACUUUUUUAUUUCUUUAUUUUUUAAUAAGAAUAAAGAGAACAGAACAAAACAUGCAGCCAAAUUAACUUUACUGUUUUUUUCUUUGAUUUUAUCAUAUAAGCCCAUAAAUGCAACACAGGUAAACACAAAUUCAAUAAACUGCACAUCUAUCAUAUUUGGCUAGAAAUCGCUGCAUUGUGUUGUAAGUUGUUUUUGUACAGUCAUGUAAUAAAUAUUAACUUUAAGAAUAUAA